AUCAAAGGAUCAAGAAAUUGUGAAAUGAAACGGUGGAUGUGAAAACGGUGAAAAGUGAAUCGCUAAUGAUUGUAACUAUUGUGUGUUAAAAAUCCAUUGAUUACACGUUUUUUCAUACUUAUUCAGACCUAAUAAUGGAUAAAAGAAAACUAUCCACUGCGGGCGAUAGUCUCUAUCUAAUAUUACAAGUCCCUAAAACCGCAACGGCAGAUGAUGUCAAGAAAAGCUAUCGGAAAUUAGCACUUAAAUAUCACCCAGACAAAAAUCCUAACAACCCUGAAGCAUCUGAAAAGUUUAAAGAAGUAAACAGGGCCAAUACAAUCUUAAGUGACGCUACGAAAAGAAAUAUAUAUGAUAACUAUGGCUCUCUCGGUCUCUACAUUGCCGAGCAAUUUGGGGAAGAAAAUGUCAACGCCUAUUUCGUCGUCACAAGUACAUGGUGCAAAGCAUUAUGUGUCGUGUGUGGUAUUUUGACUGGUUGUUACUUUUGCUGCUGCUUGUGUUGCUGCUGUAACUGCUGCUGUGGCAAGUGCAAACCUCGUCCACCAGAAGAGUCUGGAGACUACCACACGCUGGAGCGAGAUGACUCAGAUGGAGUGCAGCCAGUAACUUCACAACCGGGACCUGAAGGCCGUCCCACCGGUGACCAGGCACCACCGAUUGUGCUGCCUGCGCCAUCGGCUCCUGGGGCCUCAGAAAAUACGGGCCUCAAUACAGGCAGCAGUAUUCCAAAAUACACUUGAAGUGUCACCUAGCCUAAACUAUAAUGUAAGAGAAAAGAGGAACUGACUACCUUUUACCACCACCAUGCAAAUUAUGUAAGCCUUAAGUUUUUUAUGUUACUAUUUUUUAAUAGUUUUUUUUGUAACUUUGAUUUAAUUCAUUUAUAUGUGGUUAUUUUGAUUGCAAUUCUGUGAUAGCCUAUUUAUUUUUACUGGACUACCUAUAUUAUAUUUACUUGAAAUGCAGUAUUAGCUAAAAUGCAUUAAAGACAGGCUGUAUAUUUUAUCAUUUCUUUAGCUGACUGCACUGUUUUUUAGCUGGCCAGUAAAAUACCUAAUAGAACUGAGUGGAUCUAAGAAUUACAAAUAAAUAAUAAUUAAAGUCUUUAAUUGUGUCAUAACAUUGUAGUGAAAGACAGUUACUUAUGCCGAUUUAUUAAGUAAAAAUAACUGUUAAUUUCCAGAUUGUUUAUAUUUUCUUAUAAUAUAAACACCACAUCACAGAAAGAAAUAAAUUCAAUAAUAAGCUUCGCCUUGAUAUGGAUUUUUUAUUUAAAUUACUAUUAUGCUUAUGCUUAAUCAAUAUAAAAGUUAUCAGGUAGGAUUACUUUGAAUAAUAUGUAACAUGUAUGUUAAGAAAAUUUGUCUUGAAGUAUUUAUCUAGCUGCAACUAAUUACUAUUAUGGCUGAGAUGUCCACAAUUUUCCUUAAUAUAUUAAAAAAAAUACUUUUACGGGAAAUUUCAAUGAGUAAAACUACUACUCACUAGCUAUAGUAUAAUGUGUUUAGAAGUUUAAGGCAUCUAUACAUUGUUAAUAAUUUUAUAGGUAGGUACAGUAUUGCCUAUUCAAAGCAAUUUGCAAACCUGUUUUCGAACAGGUAUUUGUCACCUGCCUCUACUUUCCGUAGCUAAAAAUGUAUCGUCGUAAUGUUAUUUGAAAUAAAUGUGUUUAAUUGAA